AGGAAGUUUGUCCAUCUCUCCAAGAAAGCAAACACGCACGGCAAGGUAGGCACUAGGCAACGACCCCAACGAGAGGCAAGCAUCUCCCUCCGCUCCUCCCUUCGUCGCCUUACUCCCUGCCGCUGCUGUUCCAUACUCCACCCCCUUCCCGCCCGCCGGCGCGCACGCAAAUGGUCACCUAGGCCGGCCGGGGCCAAUGUCGCACAGCCUCCGCGUCUCGCCCUUCCUUGCGCCGCCGCGGCCCCUCCUGCUCUGCCCAGCCCGCCGCCGGCCCCGCCGCGGCCGCCACCGUGUCCCGAGGCCCAUCCUCACCCUCGCGCGCUUCGACCCGCCCCCGCUCCUCCGCCUCAAGGUCUCCGACUCCAGCGACUGCCCCGGCCAGGUGCAGGGGGACGGUCACCACAACCACCACCACCCGCUGCGGCUGCGCCUGCCGCGCCCGCAGGCCCUGAUCGGGUCCCUGGCCCCCGUAUGGCGGGAGGGGCUCUUCCUCGUGCGCUGCUCCGUAUUCGCCGCCGUGCUCUCCGUCGCCGCCGCGCUCUCCUGGUACGCGCAGCUCCGGGCGCGGGCCUUCGUCGAGGCGCGCCUCCUCCCCGCCGCCUGCGCCGCGCUCGGGGACCACCUCCAGCGGGAGGUCCGCGUCGGCAAGGUGCGCAGCGUCUCCCCGCUCGGGAUCACGCUCCACACCUGCUCCGUCGGCCCGCACGCCGACGAGUUCUCCUGCGGCGAGGUGCCCGUCGUCAAGAUCAGGGUCAGGCCCUUCGCCAGCCUCAGGAGGGGCAGGGUCGUCGUCGACGCCGUGCUGUCCGAGCCCACCGCGCUCGUGGCCCAGAAGAAGGAUUUCUCCUGGCUGGGGAUCCCUACGCCGUCCGAGGGGACGCCCAAGAGGCAUUCCGAGGAGGAGGGCAUUGAUUACCGCACCAAGACCAGGAGGCUCGCGAGGGAGAAGGCUGCGGAGCAGUGGGAUGAGGAGAGGGACAAAGCUGCUAGGGAUGCUGCUGAAAGGGGAUAUGUAGUUCCCCGUGGCCAGUCGACUUCGCGUUCGGCUGAUGAGAUGUUGGAGGACGAUGGACCUGUCGAAAUUGGGAAAUCUGGCUCACCCCUCUGUGCCGAUGAAAUGCACAGGAAGAUGCACAGGAAGGAUGGUCACAUAGAUCCAGCCAUUGACUCUAGCUCGAAGCAUGCGGAUUUGGAGAAAUCCUUUGGCGUGAAAUCUCGUAUCCCGGGUAUCAACUUCUGGUCUAGGAUCAUUCCAAACCCUAGCAAGCGAAGGUACAGGAGAAAGUCCCAUAGCAAGGUGGUAUCGGACAUUGACAAUUCUUCUCAUGAAAGGAUCCUCCGACGUAGUGCACAUGCUGCCGUGGCAUCUUUUCAGAACAUAGAUAGUGGUAACAUUGAUAACUCAUCCCCUGGUCCUGGGAAUGAUUCAUCUGAUGGAGGUCACGCGAAUGCUGGUUGUGAGGAAAUCACUUCAAUUAAUGUACCAAUUGGCACCUCUGGUACCGUACCGAAGAAUUCUGGGGAAUUACCACCAAGUAGUAGUUAUUGUCUGGACUUCACAGGUAAAGGCAAGUCUGCAAGUACAAUACCGGUCAUCAACACAGAUCAUGUCCAUAACGAACAUUCUUCUAGUCAACAACAUAGUCAGCAUAGUUCACUUAAUUUGGAUAACAAAUUGUUAGUAUUUCACCAUUUGGAAGAUUUGCAGCAUGGUGAGGGCAACUUGUCCGAUGGCCAUGAGUUUGAGAAAUUUGAGAGUCUUUCUGAAGAUCACAUCAGUCCUCAGCAAGAAUUAAUUCUUGGGAAUUUCGGUUCGUGCACUUAUGCUCACAACUGGGCAUCAUUUUGGCCUUUCCAAUUAAAGGGGUUCCCUGUUAGUUUUAAUGCACCAUCUGCUUCUCUGAGUGUUCAAAUCCAGAACUUCAAGUCACGAUUUGCUAUCGGUCUUGGAGACAGCUCCGCUGAACUUGUAGAUGGGGUUGGCCACAUCCACCCUGGUGGUGUUCAGAACACACUUCCAAUCACACUGGAUUCUGUUUAUUUCAGUGGAGGGAACUUGAUGCUUCUGGGAUAUGGUGAUCAGGAACCAAGGGAAAUGAAACAUGCUAAUGGACACAUCAAGUUCAAAAACUCUUACAACCGUGUACAUGUGCAUGUCACUGGGAACUGCAUGGAGUGGAGACAGGAUCAAACAUCCCAAGGAGGGGGUUAUCUUUCUACAGAUGUUUUUGUUGAUAUAGCUGAGCAAACAUGGCAUGCUAAUCUGAAUGUAGUGAACGCUUUUGCUCCGCUAUUUGAGCGUAUCCUAGAAAUACCUGUUGUCUGGCACAAAGGAAGAGCAACUGGUGAGGUGCAUAUCUGUAUGUCAAAAGGCGAUAGUUUCCCGAGCAUUCAUGGCCAGCUUGAUGUGAAAGGCCUAGCUUUUCAGAUAUUAGAUGCCCCCUCAUCAUUCUCGGAAAUAGUGUCGACUCUAUCAUUUCGUGGUCAAAGAGUAUUUCUGCAUAAUGCAAGUGGUUGGUUCGGUGAUGUUCCGGUCGAAGCUUCUGGUGACUUUGGUCUAAAUCCUGAGGAUGGAGAAUUUCAUCUAAUGUGCCAGGUUCCAUCUGUUGAAGUUAAUGCACUUAUGAAGACAGUGAAAAUGAGACCUCUGAUGUUUCCGCUGGCUGGUGCUGUUACUGCUGUAUUUAAUUGUCAAGGACCUCUUGAUGCUCCUGUUUUUGUUGGAAGUGGGAUUGUCUCGAGGAAGUCUCUUUCUGUAUCUGGUAUGCCUCCAUCUGCAGCUUCUGAAGCUGUGAUGCAAAAUAAAGAGGCUGGUGCAGUUGCUGCAUUUGAUCAUAUUCCCUUCUCCCACGUAUCAGCGAAUUUCACUUUCAACCUUGACAACUGUGUUGCAGACUUAUAUGGUAUUAGAGCAUGCCUUCUGGAUGGUGGGGAAAUUAGAGGGGCUGGUAAUGCAUGGAUUUGCCCAGAGGGGGAAGGGGAUGAUUCUGCUAUGGAUAUUAAUUUAUCUGGGAGCAUUUUACUUGAUAAGGUUUUGCAUCGUUACAUACCUGGAGGCAUCCAGCUGAUUCCACUGAAAAUUGGAGAGCUCAAUGGAGAGACUAGACUUUCUGGUCCCCUUAUUAGACCGAAAUUUGAUAUCAAGUGGGCUGCACCAAAUGCAGAAGAUUCUUUUUCUGAUGCACGCGGCAACAUUGUUAUUGCACAUGAUUAUAUUAUGAUCAACUCAUCAUCAGUUUCCUUUGACUUGAAUACCCGUAUUCAAACAUCAUACAUUGAUGACUACUCGCUGCACAAGGAGAUGUAUCAAAUGAAAAAAAUCAUGCCACUAGUUGUGGAGGGUGUCGAUUUGGAUUUACGGAUGCGGGGCUUUGAGUUCGCUCAUAUAGCUUCUUCAAUACCUUUUGAUUCACCAAGGCCAUUACAUUUGAAAGCAUCUGGGAGGCUCAAGUUUCAAGGAAAAGUGGUGAAACCUAGCCAGUUAGUUGAUGACAAGAUUUAUGGUGCUCUACAAAGUAUUAUCGACCGAAGUAAGCUUGAGAGCGAUGUUUCAAGGCUUGUUGGGGAGAUUUCUCUGUCAGGAAUAAAACUCAACCAACUUAUGUUGGCACCUCAGUCUACUGGUUUCCUCUCUCUAUCACAAGAUUCUAUGAUGUUAAAUGCUACAGGCAGGCCUGAUGAGAACUUUUCCAUAGAAGUGAACGGGCCAUUGUUUUUGGGUACAAAUGAGGUCAUUCAAGAUGGAAGGCUUCUAUCAGUUUUCCUCCAAAAGGGGCAGCUGAAAUCUAAUAUCUGUUAUCAUCCUGAAAGUCUGACUAGUUUGGAGGUUCGGAAUUUGCCGCUUGAUGAGCUGGAGUUGGCUUCGUUACGUGGAUUUGUUCAGAAGGCUGAAGUCCAGCUUAAUUUCCAGAAAAGAAGAGGUCAUGGUUUGUUAUCAGUAAUUCGUCCCAAAUUUAGUGGUGUGCUUGGUGAAGCACUUGAUAUAGCUGCUCGAUGGAGUGGUGACGUCAUUACAAUUGAAAAAUCAAUCCUAGAGCAAUCUAAUAGCAAGUAUGAGCUUCAAGGGGAGUAUGUAUUUCCCGGAACACGUGAUAGAUUUCCUAUGGAAAGUCAGGGUAAUGGGUUCAUAGAGAAAGCAAUGGGAGGGCAUCUUGGUAGCAUUAUGUCUUCGAUGGGCAGGUGGAGGAUGAGACUAGAAGUUCCGGGUGCUGAAGUAGCUGAAAUGCUUCCCUUGGCAAGACUUCUUUCACGAAGUACAGAUCCAGUUAUUCGUUCUAGAUCAAAGGAACUUUUUAUGCAAUGCCUGCACUCUGUUGGAUUUAAUGCGGAAAGUCUUCGUGACCAGCUAAAGGCAGUUGAAAUGUACCAUGAUUGGUUGGAUGAUGAUACAAUUGAAGACAUAACCCUUCCUGCCUUAGCUGAACUGAGAGGUUAUUGGCGUGGCUCUCUUGAUGCCAGUGGAGGAGGGAAUGGCGAUACUAUGGCUGAUUUUGAUUUCAAUGGUGAAGAUUGGGAGUGGGGCGCUUACAAGACACAGCGUGUUCUGGCAUCUGGUUCAUACAGCAAUAAUGAUGGCCUGCGUCUUGAUAAGUUAUUUAUUCAGAAGGAUAAUGCCACCCUUCAUGCUGAUGGAUCGAUUCUUGGCCCGCUAACAAAUCUUCACUUUGCUGUGCUUAAUUUUCCCGUUGGUCUUAUACCAGCUUUAGUUCAGGCUAUAGAAUCAUCAACCACAGACUCCAUGCACUUUCUGAGGCAAUGGUUGACACCAAUAAAGGGUAUUUUGCACAUGGAGGGAGAUUUGAGAGGCACUCUUGCAAAACCAGAAUGUGAUGUUCAAAUUAGACUUCUUGAUGGCACUAUUGGAGGCAUUGAUCUUGGAAGAGCUGAAGUAUUGGCUUCUGUAACCCCAACAAGCCGUUUUGUUUUUGAUGCAAAUUUGGAACCAACUAUACAAAGUGGACAUGUAAACAUUCAAGGUAGUAUCCCUGUCACUUAUGUAGAUAGUGGCUCCAUGGAGGAAAAUUUGGAAGCGGGAGAUGACAAACAGGGUAUAAUAAGAAUCCCUGUUUGGGCGAAGGACAGAGGAUCAUCUAAUGAUAUCAGUGAAACAAGAAUUGUGAGGGAUAAGCCUGAGGAUGGUUGGGAAUUCCAAUUAGCUGAAAGUCUCAAAGGUUUAAGUUGGAAUUCGCUAGAACCAGAUGAAGUGAGGAUAAAUGCAGACAUAAAGGAUGGUGGCAUGAUGUUGAUAACUGCACUGAGUCCUUAUGCAAAUUGGCUUCAAGGCUAUGCUGACGUGCUCCUUCAGGUUAAAGGCACUGUUGAUCAGCCUGUUGUCGAUGGGUCUGCAUCAUUUCACCGAGCAACUGUGACUUCUCCUUUUCUUCGGACGCCACUUACAAAUUUGGCUGGUAGUGUUAAUGUUAUAUCCAAUAGACUAUGCAUCAGUUCUAUGGAGAGCAGGGUUGGGAGGAAAGGGAAAUUGUCGAUGAAAGGGACACUACCUUUGAAAAAUAGCGAGCCAUCAGCCAGUGAUAAGAUUGAGUUGAAAUGUGAAGUUUUGGAUGUACGAGCAAAAAAUGUUUUAAGUGGCCAAGUAGACAGCCAGCUGCAGGUUACAGGCUCGAUUUUGCGGCCAGAUGUCUCUGGUUUGAUCCGAUUAAGCCAUGGCGAAGCAUAUUUGCCUCACGAUAAAGGCAAUGGUGCUGUCACCACUAGGUUGGCUUCAAACAAGUCUAGCUAUCUUCCUGCUGGUUUUGGCCAAACAACCACUUCGCAGGAUGUGUCACGUUUCCUGGGAGCAUUGUCAACUUCGCCAGACAGUCAACAAACAGAAACAGAAAGGUCUCUUGAGCAUGAUGGAGGUUUUAAGCCAAACAUUGAUGCCCGACUCAAUGACCUGAAGCUCACGCUGGGACCAGAAUUAAGAAUAGUUUAUCCUUUAAUUCUAAAUUUUGCUGUCAGUGGUGACCUCGAGCUUAAUGGCAUGGUCCAUCCAAAGUACAUUAGGCCUAAGGGUAUUUUUACAUUUGAAAAUGGUGAGGUCAACUUGGUAGCUACUCAGGUUAGACUUAAAAAUGACCAUUUAAAUGUAGCAAAGUUUGAGCCCGAUCUUGGUUUGGAUCCUAUUCUGGAUCUCGUCCUUGUUGGAUCUGAAUGGCAGUUCAAAAUCCUGAGUCGAGCAAGCAUGUGGCAAGAUAAUCUGGUGGUAACCUCGACGCGCUCAGUGGACCAGGAUGUUCUGUCACCUAGUGAGGCUGCAAAGGUUUUUGAGUCCCAGCUUGCGGAAUCACUAUUGGAAGGUGAUGGACAGCUUGCGUUCAAGAAGCUCGCAACUGCAACACUCGAAACUUUGAUGCCAAGGAUUGAGGGCAAGGGCGAGUUUGGACAAGCGCGGUGGCGGCUGGUUUAUGCACCCCAGAUUCCGAGUUUGCUAUCUGUAGAUCCAACAGUUGAUCCACUUAAAUCACUGGCAAACAAUAUCUCUUUUGCUACAGAGGUUGAAGUGCAGCUUGGAAGGCGCCUACAGGCCUCUGUUGUGAGGCAAAUGAAAGAUUCAGAAAUGGCAAUGCAGUGGUCGUUGAUAUAUCAGCUAACCAGUAGGCUCCGUGUCCUCUUCCAAUCUACACCAUCCAAUCGGCUUCUCUUUGAGUACUCGGCAACAUCUCAGGAUUGAUUCAUAUUUGUCGGUCGCAUGGAGUAAGAGCUGAUGUAUUCAACAAAGGUUCAAUGCCCCGAUUUGAUGGCUUCUCUUUGAGCACUCAGCAACAUCCCAGGAUUGAUUCAUAUUUGUUGGGAGCAAAAGCUGCUAUCUUUGACAAAGUUUUGGUGCCCCGAUUUUUUUUUUGUAGAUAAUGCAAGUUUUGACAGGCAGCUCCGUAUGUACACUUGCCGUGUUUUUGCUGUUUGCUGUAGCUACAUUCUUUUCCUCGGAAACAAAGUUUCUGGGUUGUACAUAGGUAGAAAGUUGAGCACCCUUAGCGUGAGAUGUAAAGAAACAUCUGUAUAAAGAACAAAAUUUCCCAGUCUGUUUGUUGUGCUGAUCAAUGUGUGGUCACCAUGGUAAUUUUGUAAAACCUAUCACAGGUACAUGAAAUCCAUGAUCGACUUGUCAGGUGA